CUAGCACUGCAACAGUUAAAAGGCCUUUUAUUGAAGCCAUAUUUGCCCCAUAUCCUACAAUUUCUCAAACACUUGAAAGAACUCUAUGCCUGCCCUCAUUUCUCUCCCCACCUUGUUUCCUCCCCUCCCAAACCCCCACCACCGCUCCUUCCGUCCACCCAAACCAAAAAAUCCACACAAUCAAGCCUUCAAGAAUCCUCCACAUAGAAAACAAAAACAUAAAUUCUUCUUGAACAAUGAUAACUGGCCUCUGUUACUCCAAACGUCAAUUGGGUCUCAAGAUUUUCGUCUGGGUCAGGCCAUUCAUGGGUUUUUAACCAAAUCUUGUUAUCGAAACGACGUGUUUCGUGGCAAUAAUCUUGUGACCAUGUAUGUGAAAUUCAACAGAUUGGAUGAUGCACAACAGGUGUUUGAUGAAAUGCUUGACCGGAAUACUAUCACAUGGACUUCUCUUAUUAAUGGGUAUUCACUGGUUAAUGACGUUGAGUCUGUUGUUAGAAUAACUCAUUGUAUGCAUGAAUCCGAGGAAGAGUUGAAUGAGCAUACUUUGUCGGUAAUUUUGCGGGGGGUUGAAAACCAGAAUGAGAUCAUUUGUGGUGAACAAAUUCAUGGUUUUGCUAUAAAAAGUGGGUUUUUUCAGAAUGUCUUUGUUGGAACUUCUUUGGUGUCUAUGUAUUCAAGAAGUGGCCACUUGGAUGAUGCAGAGAGAUUGUUCCAUGAGUUGACGGACAUUGAUGUUCGCUGUUUAAACUUAAUGAUUUCGGAGUAUGUGAAUGCAGGGUGUGGGGAGAAAGCACUUUGGGUCUUUAUUGAGUUGCUCAAAAGUGGAUUGGAACCAAGUGAGUAUACUUUUUCCAGUGUGAUAAGUGCCAGUAAUGGAGCUGUUGGUUUAGAGGAAGGCAGGCAAUUACAUGGACUUGCUAUUAAGCAUGGUUUGGUGGUUAAAACCUCGGUUGGAAAUGCUAUUAUCACAAUGUAUGGUAGGCAAGGGUUGGUUAAAGACUCUGAGAGUAUGUUUCGUGAAAUGGGGGAGUGGAAUUUGGUUUCCUGGACUGCUCUUCUAUCAGUGUAUGUGAAAAAUGGCCACGGCCACAGGGCCUUUGUUGGGUUUUCAGAAAUGGUUAAACGUGGAAUAAAGUUGGAUUCUAAUAGUUUGUCUUGCGUUCUUUACGGCUGUUCAGAGUGCAAGAAUUUAGACUUGGGACUUCAAAUCCAUGGGUUAGCAAUAAAACUUCACAUGGUCUCUUGUGUUAAUGUGGGGACUGCUUUAAUUGAUUUAUAUGCCAAAUGUGAGAAACUUCAAUCUGCAAAUUCGUUUCUCAAUAGUCUACCAGUCACCAACACUGCAUCAUUCAAUGCGAUUUUAACUGGAUUUACUAAGAUAGACGGGGAAGGUGAUGAAGAUGUGUUGCAUUUGUUUAAUCGACUUAGAUUGGAUAGAUUGAGACCAGAUUCAGUAACUUUUUCCCAUCUCCUUAGUUUAUCUGCUGAUCAAGCUUGCCUACUUAGAGGGGCAAGUCUUCAUGCUAAUGCGAUAAAAGCAGGAUUUGAAGGUGAUUUAACCGUAAGUAAUGCAGUAAUUACAAUGUAUGCCAAAUGUGGAAGUAUUAGAGAUGCUGAACGAAUAUUUUUCGAUAUGAAAGAGCAUGAUUCAGUAUCUUGGAAUGCCAUGAUUUCAGCCCGUAGUAUCCAUGGGCAAGGUACAGAAGCAGUUUUGCUGUUUGAAGAAAUGGCAAGUGAAGGAUUUCUUCCGGACAAAAUUACAAUACUUUCUGUUCUUCAAGCUUGCAGUUACUCGGGUUUAUGGAAUUAUGGGUUUUCCUUAUUCAGGGAAAUGGAGCUGAAAUAUGGGAUUAGGCCGAUACUUGAGCAUUUUUCUUGCAUGGUUGAUCUUUUAGGGAAAGCUGGGUGUCUCUCCGAAGCCAUGGAUUUGAUGAACAAAAGCCCAUUUUCAGACUCACCACUUCUUUGGAGAACUUUGGUCCAUGCUUGCAAAGUUCAUGGGGAUCUCAAUUUUGGGAAAAUGGCUUCAAAGCGUUUGCUUGAUCUAGAACCAAAAGAAGCCGGAUCUUACAUGCUUGUUUCAAAUGUAUAUGCCAGGGAGGGACUGUUUGAUGAGGCUUCCAAGGUAAGGACUAUAAUGAACGACUUAAAUAUGUAUAAAGAAGCAGGUUGCAGUUGGAUUGAGAUUGAUAAUAAGACCCAUAAGUUUGUAGCAAGCAACAAAAACCACCCUGAAAACAGAGAUAUUUAUGCAAAAUUAGAUCAACUGAGGCUCGAGAUGGAAAACGUGGAUGGUGAUAGAACUAACUUGAUUUGGGAACCAGCUUAACUAUGUUUUAGAAUGAAACGUGGUUGCUUUUCUCAUGCCGAAGAGGCAACAGAUAUGGUUCAACAUGCUUAGAACUGGGGUAAUGACAGAUAUGAGAUGAUAAGAGAGGCGUGUAACAUUUUUGCUGGACUAAGACUGCAGGAAAAGUGGGGUCAUAUGGGUGCAAGAACUUUCUCACUGCGAUCAUCAUGGAAGCUGGUUUGCAUUAGACACUGAUUAGUGGGAGGAUGAUUCCUGGAAGAUUUUUAUGCAAGUAUUUUAAGGUAGCUUAAAUACUCAGGAAGUUCGCUUUUUGUCUUUAAAAUCUUGAGAAACUAGUGGAAUGAUCUGAUGUUGAUUGGAAAGAUAAGCACUGACUUUUCAAAUCAUAUCAGCUUAAAGUAUUGAGGUGAAUAAUUUAUUAGCAA